ACCACACACACACUUGAGUAGGACACAGGGCAGUGUGCGUUCCGCCGAUCAUCUCCGUUCCUCCCUCCAGCAGGCGGAUUGCCUGAGCUCCUGACGACAGCCAGUCGCACAGAGCUGAGAGUGUGCGGCUGUUGGAGAGACUGCAUCAAGGAGCGAGGACUGUGCGCUCGCAAUCGGGGGGGAGCGGUGCGUGGGAGUUGUUCUCUCUCUACCUGCCAUUUGCAUUCCUUCUUUAUUCUCCAAACACUCGGACGAGUCCGGACGCACAGGGAGUCCCAUUAACCGAGGGAGCAUCGCGCGCUGUACAUGUGUGUACGUGUAUACGUGUGUUUGUGCGUGUGUGCGUGUGUGUGUGUGGGUUGCCUGUUUUAACUACAGCUGUCAUCAUAGAACCGCGCUACAGCCGCUGUGGAGAAACUCAUUGGAAAUCUGCAACCAAACGACCGGCUGUUUUUCUGUUGUUUCCCCGCCGCCGUCGUGUGUGAGUGUGUGUGUGUGUGUGUGUUUUUUUUUGAGCGCUGUCUUUCAAGGCGAUGGACUUGAGAUAGUGUGUCUCAAUUUGAGUCUUGGUGGCUGGGAGUUGCCGUCGGGGAGAUAUGCGAAAGGAUGCUCGGAAGCAGUGAAGGCUACAGCAGGUAACCGAUAAGAUGGUGGCCGGGGAAGCGACCGGGCACAGCUACCUGGUGGCUUGCUGGCAGCCCAUUCUGAUCCUGAUGCUGGGCACUGUGCUGUCUGGCUCCACCACAGGCUGUCCCUCCCGCUGUGAGUGCAAUGUUCAAGAGCGUUCUGUGAUGUGCCACCGCAAGAAGCUCAUGACGGUUCCCGAGGGCAUUCCUGCAGAAACAAGACUGCUGGAUCUCAGCAAGAACCGCAUUAGAACCAUCAACCCAGACGAGUUUGCCAACUUUCCCAACCUCGAGCACCUGGAGCUCAGUGAAAACACGAUCUCCACUAUUGAACCUGGAGCGUUCAACAACCUUUAUGGCUUGCGGACAUUGGGGCUGCGCAGCAACAAGCUUAAGCUGAUCCAGCUCGGUGUCUUCACAGGCCUGAGCAAUCUCACGCAGCUGGACAUAAGUGAGAACAAGAUUGUCAUCCUGUUGGACUACAUGUUCCAGGAUUUGUACAACCUCCGGUCUUUAGAGGUGGGCGAUAACGACCUGGUUUUCAUUUCCCACCGAGCUUUUCAUGGCCUAAGUAGCCUUGAGCACCUGAGUCUUGAGAAGUGCAACUUGUCCACUGUGCCAACAGAGGCUUUUACCCACCUCCACAGUUUGAUCACUCUCAGGCUUCGCCACCUCAAUAUCAAUGUGAUACGGGAUUACUCCUUUAAACGGCUCUAUCGGCUCAAAGUGUUGGAAAUAGCCAAUUGGCCAUAUUUGGAUACGAUGACCCCAAAUUGCUUGUAUGGAUUAAAUCUCACCUCCCUGACCAUUGCAAAUGCCAACCUGACCACAAUUCCUUAUGUAGCCCUGCGGCACUUGGUUUAUUUGCGCUUUCUGAAUCUUUCAUACAACCCUAUCCACACCAUUGAGGGGAAUAAGCUCCAUGACCUUCUGCGUCUGCAGGAAUUUCACCUGGUGGGAGGCAGACUGGCAAUGAUUGAGCCCUACUCUUUCCGUGGUCUAAACUACCUGAAGAUUCUCAAUGUGUCUGGGAACUCUCUUAGCACUUUAGAGGAGUCUGCUUUCCAUUCAGUAGGCAACCUGGAAACCCUCGCCUUGUAUGAUAAUCCCCUGGCCUGUGACUGCCGACUGUUAUGGGUUUUCAGACGACGUUGGCGACUGAACUUCAACAGGCAGCAGCCCACCUGUGCCUCCCCCGAGUUUGUCCAAGGCAAAGAAUUCAAAGACUUCCCGGAUGUUCUGCAGCCUAAUUACUUCACGUGUCGCAAGUCCAGGAUUAGGGAUCGCAAACCCCAGCAGAAAUUUGUCGACGAGGGAGCCAUUGUUCAUUUUGCUUGCCAAGCAGAUGGAGAUCCUGCUCCGUUGAUAAUGUGGCUAUCCCCGCAGAAAAAGUUCAUCACCACGAAGACAAUUGGAAGGCUCUCUGUGUUGCCAGACGGUACCCUCGAGGUGCGCUAUGCCCAGAUUCAAGACAAUGGUACAUAUGUGUGUAUAGCUAGCAACGCAGGCGGAAAUGACACCUCUCUUGCUCACCUGCACAUUCAUAGCUACUCGCCUGACUGGCCACACCAGCCCAACAAGACUUUUGCCUUCAUCUCCAACCAGCCCACAGAAACUGGUGCUAAUGGCACAAGAGCCAAUGUCCCUUUCCCAUUUGAUAUAAAGACGUUGAUCAUUGCGACCACAAUGGGCUUCAUCUCUUUCCUCGGUGUCGUCUUGUUUUGCCUGGUGCUGCUCUUCCUCUGGAGCAGAGGUAAAGGCAACACUAAACACAACAUUGAGAUCGAGUAUGUGCCACGGAAAUCGGACGCUGGCAUGAGCAGCAGCGCAGUGGAUGCUCCUCGCAAGUUUAACAUGAAAAUGAUUUAACGGACGGAGUUGUGGAAUUUAUUCAUUUUGAACUUCAAAAUAAGACAAAUGGAAAAGAAGACAUUUUCUUUCCUCUCUUACAAAUCUGUGGAUCCUGGUCUGUUAACAUAGAGUAAUAUGUUUUUUCCUGACUGAAGGACUAGAGAGGAGGGCAGUCCCUGAUUUCCUGACAAGUGAGAGGGAAUGAAAGCUCACCCAGUGCUAAAGGGCAUUGGUGGUUUCUACAUGGCCUGUGGGGGCAUUAAUUGAAAGUCAGAUUUGUCAUAAGCAGUUCAUAUUCCUGUGGAUUUAUACCUGGAAAAAUAUAUCAGAAAAGAAAAAAACACUUCAAACAGCCAGAAUGCGAGGGGCAGAUCAUAUUUCGGCCAUUGCUGUUUUUCUGUCCGUAUUUUUUUCAUUUAGUGUUUUGUUUUUUUUUUUCCAAGAUUAGAUGUCAAGUUAUGAAUGAGAUUUGUAUGGGUUGAUGAGCACAUUUAUACAACUUGGAUGCAUUUCUAGUACAUCAUCGUUACAAUACAUCAGUGUUGCAAUUGUGAAUGCUAUGUAUGUGCUACAUAUGGUCUUUUUUCCCCACAGUGAUGAUUGUUCUGUGAUCCAUCAAAUAUAUAUCUGUGCCACAAUACCUGAUGAAACUGUUGAAACUGUAUGCCCCAGCAACUAGCAGAAAUACAGAACUUAGUCUGGCACAAUUCUAAUUAUGGGAAAUACAUUACUGUGAGUGAUUUGUAAAACUUAAUUUGAAUGUCACAAUAACUGAUUGGUAGCCAUUUUGUUGACCCAAGAAAGUACAAUAAAUGGUACUGUAAUACAGAUCACCCUGGUCAUAAUGUGACCCGCAAAAAUGAAUGAUAUACAAAAAUAAGUGCUCUGAAAAUGUGUCCAUUCAGUGACAUAGGGAGGCAUCAGUGCAACUUCUACUGUUGAUACCAGUUCCCAGUCCUGCACUGUAAAAAAUCAGCCAAAAGUGUGUAAGAAUAAUUGCAUUGUUAGAGAGAUAAAUGUGACAAUAUUUAGUUUUGAAACAUAGAAGAAAUACAGAUGUUAAAUGUGUCUCUUAAUAUAGGAUUCUAGCAUUGAGGAAAUUCUCUAACAUUGCCGUUUGAGCCCAGUAUCUGAUAUCAGUGUCAAUCAUCCCUAAUUUCCAGAUGUAACCCGCAGUACACACACAUGGAUUGAGGGCAUGAUACACAGGGAAAUGUGAGAUGUUGUUGAUAUGAUGCUCUGUAACAACAACAGAUGCAGCAUCUAUCCCAGGGAUCAGCCAUCAAACUGAACGGUUGGGUUUGGUACCUUGAUACUAUAAAAGCUUAUCCCUGACCUUUUAAAUUGCAUUCCAAAAAACUAUUAUGUAAUGGUAUUAUUUUGUGCUCAACAUGAUUACGAGGAAUAAAAGUUGUGGUGCUCACCUUUUUUGGAUAAAAUGUGCUCCUCAAGCUGUAGAAUAUUUCUUUCAUCGUGGGUUAUUUUUCUUGAUUGUUUUACGAUAUCAACAAUUUACUUAUGCUCCCCCCACCCACCCACCCACCCAUUAAAGCCAUGGAAACAUUACCCAACAGGAUCAUUUACAGGUUUGCUAUUCCCCAUAAAUGUGCAUUGUUUGUCAGGGGGAAAAAAAAAAAACUGCCGCAUAUUAUGCUCUGGGUUGGUCCUGCAUAUAAAAUGUGAGGUUACAGCCUUACCUUUUCAAGUACACACUGUGGACAGCUGGGCUUCGCAAACGUGUGUGAGGAUAAAGGCUAAGUCAUUUAUGAUGGAUGACAUUACAGACAACGACACAGUAAUGGGCUGGAAGUAUGGACUGAAUAUGCAGAUGGUUGGAGUGACACAGAUGGUUUCACCCAUGGAGCAAUCAGAAGCAGCUUUGGUGUAAUCCGUUUUGCAUAAAGGAAAAAAAAACAAAAAAAACACUGGAAAUGGCUCAUGGUUCUCCCUCUUGCUGAUUAUGAAUGCUCUCUUCGUUCAAAGUGUGGCUACUGUACCUAGCCUUUUUUGGCCCCGAGUGAUCCCGGGAUUCUGUUUUUUGUUUAUGUUAUUCCUUCUUUUUUUAUUUUGACCCUGGACUAUAUUGACCAUGUAGUCCAAGCCAACUUUUUACAAAAAAAGAUACUAAAAAAGAAAUCUAUGGAAAAUACAUUCAAAUUGUUCUGUGCAAUAAAGGUAAUAUGCAGAUUUUUUUUUUUUAAAUUAACAAAAUUUUGUUGAUGUUGAAUUGUUGAGAAUAUGGUAUGUUGUAUUAAACAAUCUAUGGACUUUUUUAAACACAUUAUGGUCCUAUCUUGAUUUUCAAAGGUGUGGUUAGUAAGGCCGUGACAGUCUUAAAAAUGGCGGCUGUGUAUCUGUGGGGUUUUGAUUGAUGAUAGUUUGCACCAAUGACACGAUUACUUUUCCGGGUGCAGAGAUAUCUUACUGUGAAAACUCUUAUUUGUCAUUUUUGUAAAACUGUGACACCCAUUGUAAGCUCCCAGAAUCCCACUCAUCUUGUUACAAUUUCUUCAUCAUUGAUAGAUUUAUGAAAUAAACCGUAACACCCCUUUAGUGCUUUGCUAACCACGCACAAGCUGAAGUCUAGCUGAACGUGUGCGUGUAAUUUUGGUGUAUCAAUGACUAAAUGAGCAAUUUAAUGUUUGAUUCCUUUGACUGAAUUCCUCAUUAAAUGAUGAUGCAGACUGCAA